AUGGCUGCACCAACGCUUCCUGCACCUGCGGAGAGGGGUGCAAGUGUGCAGAUGGAACUUGUAAAUGCGGAAAAUAAAGAGAGACAGAUCUAUCCGGGCAAAGGUAAACUAUAUGUCCGGUCGGAUAACAAGGUCUUCCGUUUAGUUGGUUCAAAAACAGAAUCUCUAUUUCUCCAACGUCUUAAUCCGCGUAAGAUCGCAUGGACCCAAGUCUACCGACGCAUGCACAAGAAGGGUAUAACUGAAGAGGUGGCAAAGAAACGCUCUCGCCGUACUGUCAAACGACAACGUGACGUGGUUGGUGCGACACUGGAAGCUAUUCGGGAUAAGAGGAAUCAGAAGCCCGAGGUUAGAGAAGCUGCCAGAUUGGAGGCAUUGAAGGCGGCGAAAGAAAAGAAAAGAGCCGAGGCUGCCAAGAAAAAGGCUGAGAAGGCCAAGGUUACUCAAGCUUCCGCUCGUGGACAACAAAAGAUUUCUAAACAACAAGCUCGUGGUGUACAAGCUAAAGCUUCUGCAAAGAGUCGUUAA